GGAGUAUGGUAUAAAAAUGGCAACGCUCACUGUUCACUCGUCAUAUACGCUCGUCAGUAUGAAGAGUAUCAUCCUGCUCCUUCUUGCCGCACUUAUUCCGCUUGCUGACAGUCGAUUGUCGGUUUCUGGAACAAAGUUCAAAUUCAACAAUGAGACUGUGUUCCUCUCUGGGGCUAAUUUGGCCUGGAUCAACUACGGGUACGAUUUUGGUUUUGGAUAUUGGACAAACACCAAGCCCAAGAUUGAGGAGCAGUUCAAGCUUUUGAAACAGGCCGGGGGAAGCACUAUGCGAGUGUGGAUACAUUUUGAGGCUGUGUCGAGUCCACUCUUUGACAACCGUGGUUUUGUAACAGCAGGGGACGACAAAGGAAAGUUUAUGGGAGACUUCAAAGACCUGUUUGAUACCGCUCUGAAGUACAACAUUCUGGUGAUUGCAACCCUAUGGAACGCCGAUUCCAAGGCGAGAUUGUUGGGCCUCAUUAGAAACACAGCAAAACUGCAAAGCUAUAUAGACAAUGUGCUGAAACCUAUGGCAACCCUGGUGAAAGGUCACAGAGCUCUAGGGGGCUACGACAUCAUCAACGAGCCGGAGGGAAUAAUAUACCGAAAUACGGUAAACGUUUAUCAACUGGCAAUCGGCAGCCAUCAAGUCGGCUGACCCCGGUGCACUGGUCACUGUGGGCAUCUGGGAGGGCAGGGUCAUGACGGACAAAUACAAUAUGGUCAACCACUACAAGGACAGUUGCCUCAAGGCAGCUGGGGGGAAAGAGAAGGGGGUGCUGGAUUUCUACUCUGUCCAUUCCUACUCCAACUUCCCGAAUAAUCAAUUUGACGUGACAUCUGUGUUUAAGCACUCUGCACCAGAUUAUGGGCUAGACAAACCGAUCGUCGUUGGAGAGUUUGCUGUAAAGUACGGAGGCGGUGGCAUGACGACAAACGAGUUGUUCUCCUACGCCUACACCCACGGCUACGCUGGGGCCUGGUCAUGGCAGCUUUCCGAGAAUGGCCCUGAACAGUUGGCCGCCAUAACACACAUCAAAGACUUCACUGGAAAUGGAAACAUUACUAUUCACCUCUGAACUCUACUGUCAUUUGAGGCUUCGCGAAAACUCCACUAGAAAACCGAAGAGCUUGUUGUGGGGUAUGAGUGUUGUAAACACCACCAUCGACCUCUGUCUCAAAUUCUCAAAUCAAGUGGAUGGGCCUCAAGAAUUACGUUGCUAUAUUUUUAGUUGUGUUAAAGCCAUGCCUUGCCUUAUCUUCUGUGACACCCGAUCCUACGAAUAUGCCGUGAGUGUCAUCAGAAGAAUAAAUAGCGUGAUGCUGCAUCAUUUUUCUUCA